AUGUUUAACGAGGGGAUUAGAAUGCGAAUACGAUCAACCAGUGGCCCUCGCCCAAUACACGAGUUAAAUGAAGGCGAUAAUAAAAUUGACGAUGACAAAAUUGAACCUUUUUAUAAUAAUAAUUCAAGAGAUGAUAUUGCUGAUCUUUCAGACAAUGCCAAAGAAACUUUUGAAUUGGAUGAAGACGAUAAUAAAAUUGAUGACGAUAUUGCCGAUCCAUAUUCCAAUGUUAUCAAAAAUAAAGACAUAUAUAGAACUAUGCCUUAUUCAAGAAAUGAUGAUAUUACCGAUCUUUCAAGAAAAUAUUUUUUACAACCCAAUGCUGAAGAUCUUAAAGAAACAUCCAAAUUAGCCUUUUGA